AUGUCUUCCAGAGAUGGCUUUUCUUGGACUCAAGAUCAGGGACUCAAGCCUGGUGUUCCCUGCAUUGGUGCCAUUCAACCUCCGACCAACCUCAACAAUGCAUCACCAGAUGUCUUUGAUGUAAUUGUCGUUGGUGCAGGAUACUGCGGACUCACAGCCUCUCGAGACACCUCUGUAUCUGGCCUCAAGGUCCUCCUCCUCGAAGGACGCGAUCGCAUCGGCGGCCGCUCAUGGUCAUCCAACAUGGGCGGAUACCCAUUCGAGAUGGGCGGUACAUGGGUCUACUGGGGCCAGCCCAACAUCUGGAGAGAGAUCCUCCGAUACCAGAUGCAGGAUGAACUUGAGAUCUCGUACGACUUUACAAGAGGCGUCAACCAAUACUUCCUGGCUGGCCCUGAUGGCACCCAGCAGUUUAGCCACGAAGAAGAGGACGCCAUCAUGGACUCUGGUCUCCGCAAGUUGGUCAACGUCGACGGCGACCUAGGCAGAAGAGUCAUCCCCUAUCCCCACUCUGCCGCCUUUACACCCGAAGCCCUCCAAUACGACAAGAUCUCCGUCGCGGACCGUAUCAACGAGAUCAAAGACUCCCUAACACCCAACGAGCGCAUCGGUGUUGAGGCCUUUGUUCUGCUCUGCAGCGGCGGUACCCUCGAAACAACCAGUCUGUUCGAGUUUCUGCACUGGUGGGCUCUCUGCGAGUACUCGUACGACGGCUGCAUCCGGUAUCUGGUAAAGUACAAGUUCCGUGGUGGUCAGUCAAGCUUUGCUAUCCGCUUCUUCCGUGAAGCACUGGCCAGUGGUAACUUGACUUACUCCUUCAACUCGCCUAUUGCCAGCGUCAAGAGCACAAAGGACGGCGUGACAGUAACCACUCGGGGAGGCCAGUCCUACCGAGCCAAGAAGUUGAUCAGCGCCAUGCCCCUCAACGUCUUGAACGCCGUCACCUUUGAUCCUCCUUUGCUCAAGGGAAAGAAGACGGCUGCAGACAUUGGACAUGUCAACCAGUGUAUCAAGGUUCACGCCGAGAUUCGCGAGAAAGAUUUGCGUUCCUACACUGGUAUCAGUUACCCUCACAACAAUCUCUACUACGCUCUUGGCGAUGGAACCACUCCAGCUGGUAACACCCAUAUCGUUGCUUUCGGUGGAACGCAUCAGCACUUUCACCCUGAAGAUAACAUUGACGAGACCAAGAAGGCCCUGCAGGGGUUGGUUCCAAUGGACAUCCAGCGCAUAGUCUUCCACAACUGGUCCCGAGACGAGUUUGCAAAGGGCGCCUGGUUCUUCUCCGCCCCCGGCCUCCUUUCCAACCACCUCUCAGACAUGCGAGCCCAGCAAGGCAACAUUUACUUUGCUAGCUCAGACUGGGCUCUCGGCUGGCGAAGCUUCAUCGAUGGUGCGAUUGAGGAAGGAACUCGCGCGGCCAUGUCGGUUCGAAGGGACCUGGUCGAGUCUCCAGCGAAGCCCAAGUUGGCGUGA